AUGGAAGCCACGACAGACUUGCAAUACAGCCCAACCACGUCUCAACACAUCCAAGUCGGCGGUCGUGUUGACGAAGUGUGCGCACGCCUGUCCUUCACCACCACCCACACAUGCCACCGACUCACAUAUUCCCCCAUCUCUAACACGCAUCCUUUAAACCCAUCAUUCCAGCAGAUCAACAUGUCAACUCCCACCAUCGAUCCCCACAUAAUCUCCCCACCCGUCCUCCCCCUCGCCCUGCGCGCCAAAAACGACGCCGAUCGCCUCUGGGCCGAACACGCCUUCCACGAGCCCAACCUCCUCAUCGUCCCCACCUACCUGCGCUCGCGCCCGCGCACCGCCUAUCACACACGCAUCCAAAUGGAGCUCAUGCGCAACUGGCAGCUGGACAUUGCGCGAUCGAUAACGAGCGUCGAGGCAUUUCUGUUCACGCCCGAGUACGAGUACAUGAAGGAGCGCGCGGAGGUUUUGGGCGGGAAGAUUCGGUGUUGGAAGAGCGAGGUUGAGAGGUUGGAGGGGAAGAUACCCAAGGUUAAGAGGGAGGUGGUGGAGACGAAGACUAAGGCGCCAGAGGUGAAUCAUGGGUUCUCGAAGAGUACGGUUGUCAUCCCGUUUGAGAAGGGAAUGAAGAGGGGCGCGGAAGAGGAGGGGGAAGGGGAUAUGACGGUGAAGAAGGCCAGGGUUGAUGAGGGUGGGAAGGGAAAUGUGGAGGUGGAGGGGGAGAUGAUGGUUGUGUUGGUGGAAAAGGUUCGGGCGGAUAGUGUGGAUGUGGCGGAGGAGAAGGAGAAAGACGACGAGGAGAUGGGCACGGUGGAGGAGACGAGUCCCGAGAAGCUGGAUCAUGAGUAG